AUGCCCACAAACUUCCCCCUACCGUAACCCUGUGUGUGUGUGCGCACGCAAGUGUGCGCGCGCGCGGGGGAGCGCGCACCUUGUUUACGUCUUCUGGACCUUUCUGCGGAGGAAUCCAGGGCUCCGCCCUGCCACCGCAGAGGGGUAUAUAAGACGGCAUUUCUAUCACUCGAGAUCUUCUUUUACUUUCUUGUAUCCCCCUUUUACCUGUCCCUCCUGUUAUUCUUUCUUCUGUCACCCACUCUGUUGGGGGUUUAAUUAAUAUAAUAAAUGUAUUCUUUAGCACAUAUGUGUUCUGUUGUAGUAUGGGAUGCAACAACUCGUUUGUCAUCAUGAUAAUUCGGGGGAACACGCUUAAACCUUUACUGGUAGCAGCUAGUGCAGCUUAAACCUUUACUGGUAGUCAGCGAGUGUCACUGAUUUUUGCUAACGCGUAUCAGUGAUAAUUACGAUCCACCGGUUAGAGAAUGCGAUUAUUUUAAAAAUUAAUUUUAAUUCCCUUCCGAGUGUCUUUUCACUUGUUUCCAUUUUCUCCUCGUUUGGAUGUUCCGGCAGUGCGAUUAUCUGCAGUAGUUGUGCUGUAUCAACGGGAGAUCAGGAGCCGGCGGAAUGGAUUCGCGCACUUGUGAAUUUUUCGGAGGACACUGGCAAGAGAGCAGAGCGGAUAGGUCAAGGUCAGGUCAGUUUAGUGAAAGGUCGGUGGAAGCUGGGUUUGGUACGCUGCAUCGUACUGGUAAAAUUGCCCACUAAUUUUACAUUGAAAGUGUGAAUCCACUUUAGAGGUUCAGAGCACUCCGUGGAGUUGCUCGCGAGCUUGGUUCCAUCCUCCUUUGGAAACAGCUCAGUUGGGACAGGCGGGUCUGUCCUGGAGCUUCCCCGAGGAAUGCUGGUGCAGGUAUUCCGGGUCAAUUUUAGCAUAUUUUUCAAUCUUUUUCACCUUACUCGCGAAUCGCUUAAAUUUUUCGUGCCAGUUUUUGUAGGAACCUAAAAGGAGAGUCAAUUAAUUUCAUCAUUACAGCAAACAAAAAACUUCGCAGCGAUCAACUUGACAUGUCUGGACAACGUCCGAAUCAGGAUUUCGAGCUUCAAACGGAAGUGGUCUUCAAUCAUUGGCGUUUGGGCACUCCGCUGGCUAGGAACCAUCUUCUCGAGCUGAAGGGUGCGGUUGUGGCAGAUCUGCACAUCAUUCGAGCUCAAUUCGAACAUGAAAAGGAGCAUUGGUUGGCCGAGCGGGCUCAGAUGGCCGAGAAAGUGGAAGCUACUAAGCUGUUGAUGGAGAGGGCGACGGAACUCGUCGACUCACUGAAGGCUCGGAUCGAGAUUUUGGAAAGUCAGGUACGUCAACCGGAGGCUUCGGCCGUUGAUGGAAAUGGGAGAGAGGAUUCCUCCGGGACCUCUCUUCGCGGACUCCGUUCCGUACAAGUUAAUACUGGUGGUAGUGGUGAUGGAGAAAAUGGGGCUACCAGGGUUGCCAACCUCGCUGAGGAGGUUGCAGAAAAUCUCGGAAAUGAAGAACUUCUCGUCGAGUCGAACGCGGCUUCGGCAUCGCCGCCGAGUAACACGUCUAGUGGGGCGGGUCAAACAUUGCAGGAGGAUGUUAGACCAGAUGUUACUCAGAGAGUUGUCCUAAGAUCGGAAAGUAACAAUUCCGAUACUAUGGAUGUUCCGUUCUCCGAAACGGUAAAUAAUGCAAGUGCAAGUUCCAAUGGGAAUGUGAGAAGACCAAGGAUCAAUAUGCUGCGGCUGAGGCCGGCAGUGCAGUUGACGCCAUACAGAGGUACUAUGGCUGAGGAUUUCUCGUCGUUUAUUAGAUCUUUCAACGAUCAAUGUGAAGCGAGUGAGAGGAUGGAUGACGAUAUUCGCCUGAAAUUCUUCUUGACAUGUCUCGUGGAUCGGCCCGAAACGUGGCUGAAGACGAGAUGAAGCUGAAUCCGACGAUUAAGCUGAAAGAGUUGGUCGAGAAAAUGAAGUCUACUUUUGAGAAUCCAGUGCUGAUAAAACAUAAGGAGAACCAGCUCCGACUUUGCAAGCAGAAGAAGGACGAGUCGGUCGAGGCCUUCCAUCUCAGAAUCGAGGAGUUGGAGAGAGCUGCGAGCACAACCGAAUCAGCGGUUUGGACGAAGAGAAUCGUGUUGGACGCGUUUCUCCUGGAUUGAACAAGCACAUUCAGGAGAAAGUGCGCUUGGAAUGGCCUGAUACGAUGGUGAAGGCUUUGGAAGUGGCCUUGAGAGUCGAGGCAUUGGAUGCGGAGCUGCACAAGCCGAGUCGGGAAGCAGCUGAGGCAUUGGCGAUCUACAAGCCGAUUCCAAAGAGGAAUGAACGAUUCAAAGGUGAGUGUUUCUUUUGUAAUAAAGUUGGCCACAAGGCCGCAGAUUGUUUCAAGAAAAACGGUAAGAAGGAUAAAAAGGGUAAGUUCGGUGAGAAGAAGCCCCAAGAUCCUGUCAAUCAUCACAAGAUCGAGAAGCCGCAAGGGAUGGUGAUUUCGACGAUGGUGGAUGAUUCGGAGCCCUCAUAUGAGGUACUGAAGAGUCAACUCGAAGAGAUGGCUCGGAGACACGAAUUGCUUCAAAGUGGAAUUCGUUUCGAGGAUGAGAAGAAUGGUGUACGAAGCCUGGCAUGGCCAAAGAUGACUCAGGUUAGUGAAAUUGCGGACUCCGUUCCGUGCCAAUAUUCUCAAAGUCUCGGGAACUCAUUUAUUACUGCCCACAUUCCAAUUCGUGCAAAUGGAAUUCCAUAUGCCGCUCUCGUUGAUACUGGAGCAAAUAUCACAGUUGCGUCUAGAAAUAUCUUGAAAGGGCUAGGAAUUGUUAGAUUGCAAGCUGCAGAUAAUGAUAAUGCAGUUGGUUUCGGAGGAAACGAGGUGAGUAUGAUCGGUUCAGCGAUCGUACGUUUUCAAAUCGGUAGCCAAGUGGUGAAACAGAGAGUUCAUUUCACUAAUGGUCACUGUAUGCCGGAUAUUGAUGGUAGUUACCAAUUUAUUUUCGGAAACGACUUAUUGUCUCGUUUGCCGAUUUUUAUGUUCGACUAUCAGCAGAAGAUGUUUCACGUUGGAGAUGACGCGAUUCCAUUCGGAAGAGCGCCAGGUCAGAAUGUGAAGCCUAGAAAUUAUCAGGUGAAGGUGAGUGAAGAUACGAUCAUUCCAGCAGGUACUGAAAAGUACGUCAAGUGUUCUAUCGAUGCAUCAUUCGGGAGCGAAAAGGACGUGGUCCUGAUGAUCGAUUCGAAAAUUGGAGAAAAUGAUUUGUUCGUUUCUCCAGCGGUUGUCAUGGCUUCAAAUGCUAUGAUUCUGGUGUCGAAUCCAACGGAGGAGGAUAAGACUAUUUCGACGGAUGUUCAUGCUGCCGUCGCCAAUCGGAUUUCAACUGAUGGUAAUGUUUUAUAUUGUUUUUGAUAGUGAGAAUACUCCUUGUGUUCAAACUGUCAUCACGGACUCUGAUCCGGCCUUUAAUAUAAACUUAUCUAAAGUUAAAAUUUCCGAUUCUGAAAGAGCUAAAUUAAAAGUUCUUAUUGAGAAAUAUCAUGAUGUUUUCUCGAAGAAUGCUUAUGAUUUGGGUAGUUCCAAGACUGAUCCAGUUCAUAUUUAUACGACUACAGAGGUUCCGGUGAGAGGACGAGCUUAUCGUGUUCCGGUUAAGUGUCAAGCUGAGCUUGAGAAACAUAUUAAUUCGCUAAUUCAAUCGGAGCGAAUAGUGGAGAGUAAUACUCCAUGGACGAGUCCAAUAGUUCUGGUGAAGAAGAAGAAUGGCUCGUUAAGAGUGUGUUUGGAUUUUCGAAAGCUGAAUGAGGUAACUAUUCCAGAUAAUUACCCUUUGCCCAGGAUCGAUGCUAUCAUCGAGAAAGUGGGCGGUUCGAGGUAUUUUUCCGUGUUGGAUAUGGCUAACGGAUAUCUGCAAUUGAGAUUAGAUGCCGAGUCGUCAUACAAGUGUGGAUUUAUCACUGAAAAUAAGGUUUACGCGUACACGCAUUUACCUUUUGGACUGAAGUCAGCAGCUUCAUAUUUUCAACGGGCGCUGAGGCAGGUUCUUGAUGGACUUGAGGAUGUGAUGGUGUACAUCGACGAUGUUCUUAUCUACAGUAAGACAUUCGAAGAUCAUAUCAGGACGCUAGAGAUGGUUUUGGAACGAUUCCGGAAGUUCAAUUUGAAGGCAUCGCCGAAUAAAUGUGAGUUCUUCAAGGAAUCCAUUGUAUUCUUAGGUCAUGAGAUAUCGAGAGACAAUUAUUCGCCGAAUCGUGUAAACGUCGAGACGAUCAGAUCGAUGCCGACGCCGACGAACGUGAAUGAAGUUAGAAGAUUCGUCGGGAUGUCUGGGUUCUUUAGAAAGUUCAUUCCGAAUUUCUCAGAGAGGGCUGAGCCGCUGACAAGGCUUACGAAGAAGAACCAGAAAUUCGUAUGGGCCGAGGAGCAGCAGAAUGCCGUCGACGAGCUCUCUGAAGCUCUUACUAACAAACCUAUUCUCACGUUUCCAGAUUAUGACAAGCCGUUUCAUAUUUUUACUGAUGCGAGUGCCGUUGCUCAGGGAGCAGCGCUAAUGCAGACAGUUGGAGAAGACGAAAAGGAUUUUGCAGCAAUCGCUUUUAUUAGCAGAACGUUGGCGGACACGGAGACGAGAUGGCCAGCCGUACAUACCGAGUUAGGAGCAAUUAUAUUCGCGCUCCGUCAAUUCCGUCCGUAUGUUUGUAUGUCAAAGAUAAUUCUUCAUUCAGAUCACAAGCCGUUGAGGUAUAUUUUGGCUAAGAGCAAAAUCAAUGAUCAGAUUGGGAGAUGGCUCGUUGAGUUGCAGCAGUACGAUAUUUCGAUCGUGCACAUCGAUGGAAAGAAGAACAUGGUUGCCGGUUGUCUAUCGAGAGCUAAGGAUGAGAUCGCGCCGUUGUCAGGUAUUGAGAUGGAAGAUAUUAUUGAUUUUCCAGUCUGCAUGCCGAUUCGAAAGAAGAAGAGAGCGAGCGUGGUGUUCGUGUUACAGGCAAAUAAGAAUUUGCGUCUGGAUUUGGUGGAAGAACAGGAUAAGGAUCCGAUUCUUCGAGCUAUCAAGAAGUUUUUGGUCGAGCCAAAAGCUUCGAUCGAUUGUGUUCCGAAAUCUUGGUGCGAUGUUCUUGAACAUGUCGAGAUUUCGGAGAAAGGCGCGCUCUCCGUAGCGUAUCAUAACUCAUUCCCUAAAACUGUUAUUCCAGAACAUUUGAGGAGGUUUAUGUUUGAAGCCUUUCAUUCGAGUAAGUUACAGGGAGGUCAUCAUAAUUGGAAGAAGACGUUUCGAAAAGCCAGUGUAAGGUAUUUUUGGCCGGAUAUGAAAUCUGACAUUCUGAGAUGGUGCAUGGAAUGUAUUCCUUGCCAACAGAGGUCGAAGCCUCACCCGUCCACUCGAGAGCCGCAGCAGAUCGUUGUCACUUCGAAACUUUUCGAGAAAGUUGGAGUCGAUUUGUGCGGACCGUUGAGAUCAACGGCUGGAGGACACAAAUAUUACAUGAAUUUGAUUUGUUGGUUCAGUAAGUUCGUUGUUUCGGUUCCACUUACUGACGCGUCUACGGAUACAGUGGUGCGAGCUAUCCUCACGGAGGUAGUGUUGAAAUUUGGAACGCCCAGCGAAUUGGUAUCGGACAGAGCAUCGACAUUUACGUCUGAAGCUUUUAGACAGUUCUGUAAGUUGGUGAGUAUUCAGCAGCAUUUGGCGAUUCCUUAUCAUAGCAAAGGCAACGGAGCAACAGAGAGAACGUUUAGAACGUUUCAUAACAUGACGUCGAAAUACGUCAAUGCAGCCCACUCUGACUGGGAUAUACUACUACCUUAUCUCACUUUUAGCUAUAACACUGUUGUUCAUAGUACUACAGGAGAAACGCCGUUUUUCCUCGUGUUUGGGAGAGACCCGGUUUUCGCAGUCGACAGGAUUUUGGACCCGUCACCACCGAAAGAAGCUGGGAAGUCAGAUGUGAAGAUUUGGAAGGAGCAUCUCGUCGAGAUUCUUCGUGAAGCUUGGAAGAACACAGCCGAGAUUGCACUUAAAGCUCAACUAGCAUACCAGAAGCAGGCCAAUCAAGGAGCGAAAGGUUCUGAAAUUAGACCAGGAGAUAGGGUGAUGUUUAAAAAUUUUAAGUCAAAAAUUAAUCUGUCUAGAAAGCUAGUGAAACCAUGGAUUGGAGAUUAUCGAGUCUUAGAGGUUAAUCAUCCAAAAGCGUUAAUUUUAGAUUUAGAUCAUCCAGGAAAAGAGCCGAGAGAAGUUCAUCUCGAUCAGAUUAAAAAGUUUUAUCUUUCCGAGAACGAUAACGACGAAGAGGACGCCGCAGUGGAUGAAGAACAAGUUCCAACCGACGUCAUCAGCCAGCCGAUCGCAGAGGUGACGCAGGCAGUCGAAGAAAGUUCGAAGAAAGCUGAAAAACACGAAGUUGAAGCUGAAAAGAAGGACAAACCCGUGGAGGUGGCGAAAAACAGAAGAAAUCCGCCACGUGCAAAGAAGAUUCCAGUGAGGUUUGCCGAAAAAUAA